AUGUUUGUUGCCUGUGUCAUUGUGUUAUUGGCUGUCGUGCUGUACCUAUCCCUCACACAAACUGAAGGCAUUGUUCAGCCAAAUCUCCUGGUGACGGCUCAGCUCGGAGAGAAUGUCACUCUGCAGUGCUUCCCUCCCAAAGACAAAACUUCUUUCUUAUCGUGGUACAAGCAAACUGUGGGACAGAGGCCUCGGCUCAUAGGGACCUUAUACGAGUAUAAGCAGGAGGCCACCUUCGACAAUGAGUUUAAGGAUAACCCACGCUUCUCAGUUCAGAGGGGCGAAGGAUGGUUUGACCUGACGAUCUCAGAAACGCAGCCGUCAGACUCAGCAAUAUAUUACUGUGGAAGAGCAUAUCUAUAUACCCUAGACUUUGGACAAGGGACCUUUUUGUUUCUUAAAGGCUCAGAGUCUAACAGCAAGACAAUAGUGCAGCAGCCCGUGUCUGAGCCAGUGCAGCCAGGAGACUCUGUGACUCUGCAGUGUACAAUAGACACUGAGACCUGUGCAGGAGAACACAGUGUGUACUGGUUCAGACAGGGCUCAGGAGAGUCCUCUCCAGGAGUCAUUUACACCCAUGGAAACAGGAAUGAUCAGUGUGAGAGGAGCUCUGGGGCUGGGUCUCCUACACAGAGCUGUGUCUACAAGCUCCCCAAGAGGAACCUCAGCCUCUCUGAUGCUGGGACUUACUACUGUGCUGUGGCUGUCUGUGGAGAGAUCCUGUUUGGGAACGGGACUAAGCUGGACUUUGAAGGUGAAUAUGCUGCAAAGAUAUCCAUGCUUGUCUGGCUCUCCAUCAUAAGGACUGGAGUCCUCUCCUGCGUUGUGGUCAUAUUUGCUCUUCUCUGCUGUAAACGUUAG